AUGUUCCGCGCCACCAGGGAACAGAGGCGGCCAUCUUUAAGCCAGGAGGCUCAUGAAUCCGGAGCAGACUCUGAUGACAGCGAGGCCCCAGACAAAGAAACAACUAACUACCCAAGAACACAAGGACCACUUACCAAAACUGACCUCCACCAGAUGUUACUGGCCGCCUCGGCAGACAUAAAGGCGCACACGGCCGCAGAACUGGAGCGGCACAUAUCAGGCCUCAAAGGGGAAAUCGAGACCCUGAACAACCGCACAUCCCAAGCGAAAGCUGACAUAACGCAAAUUAAAGCGAAUACAACCCAGCACAGCCAAGACAUCUUCUACCUAAGUGAUAAGGUGCAAUUUCUAGAAGAUAGCCUGGAAGACUUGAACAACUGUUCUCGCAGAAAUAACAUUAGGAUAAGGGGCAUGCCAGAAUCAGUAGACACGGACGUCAUAUUGCCCACGCUACAGGAAAUAUUCCGGUCCAUACUCCCAAACUCCUCAGAGCAAAAGAGGGAGCUAGAUAGGGCGCACAGGGCCCUGCGGCCCCUGGCCCUCAACCCAUCAGUCCCAAGGGACAUCAUCCCUUGUUACAUUUUGCCACCAAAGAAAAGCUUAUGGCGGCGGCCAGAACCACACAACCAAAGCAUGGGACCCACACGUUGGCCUUCUUCCAGGACCUAGCUCCAACCACACUGAGGAAACGAGGGACUUAAAACCCCUCACCACAGCACUGGCCCAAAAAGGACUGAGAUACAGGUGGGGCCAUCUCUUUAAACUACAUGUCCGCAUAGGAGACCAAGAGCACGUUCUAUACCACCCGGCUGAAAUGGAAGAAUUUGCAGCGACCUUGGGGCUACAGCUUACCACUGGGGUUCCAGCAAGGGACCGACGCAACAACAACGAACCCAGAGAGGCCUACACCGACCACAACCAACAAAUACCCCGACAACAAGCUAAGAAAAGACCCCACCAACAACUGGGACUGCCAUCCAGGCGCCUACGACCUGAAACCGGCCCUCGUGGCCGCUGGACUCUCUCUCUCUGAUCAGCGGAAAUUACAGCGGAAAACUAAACAAUAA